AUUUAAGCGUUAUUGGCGUGGUCACACUGGUCGUAGCGCAGCUGAAAUGUACAAAUUGUGUUAAAAAGUAUAAAAAAAAUUCAAAACAAAGCAGUUCCUGGCGAUUAAGUACGGCACCACCAUACUGCUUGCAUUAGCGUAGGCACCACCAGAAUGGGCGACUUCUUUAAAUCGCUCAAUCUCAACUAUUUCACCUCCAGUGAGGGCAGCAGCCCAGCUGCCAACGGGUCAGCAGGCGGUGGGGCUGGAGGAGGAGGAGCAGCCAGCGGUGGUAGGCUGGACAACGACUACGUGGGACAGAGCCUGGAAGUUGGUGGCCAUAGGCUGCGCACCAAGUGUGUCAUCGCCGAAGGCGGAUACGCUUUUGUGUACGUUGCUCAAGAUGUGCAAACUGGCACUGAGUACGCCCUCAAGCGUCUGAUCGGCGCUGAUCAGCAAGCGUGUAACGCCAUCAUUAAUGAGAUCGGUAUACACAAGCAACUUUCGGGCCACGGAAACAUUGUCACUUUUGUGGGAUCAAGCUACACCGCUCCCUCUCCACAGCAGGGUGCCCAGUACCUUCUUCUUACGGAACUGUGUAAAGGUGGCUCCCUGAUAGAUUGCUUCAAUGCUGAUACCCCAGCCUAUGAUCCAUCUUUGGUAUUGAGAAUAUUCUACCAAAUGGCGCGGAGUGUGGCCUACUUGCACGCACAAGCGCCACCGAUAACCCAUAGAGACAUAAAGAUUGAGAAUUUCCUCAUUGGAAACGAUAAUCAGAUCAAGUUAUGUGACUUUGGAUCUGCUACCAAGGAGGUGCUCGCGCCGACAUUUGAUUGGAGCGCGCAUCAGCGAAACAUGCUGGAGGACCAGCUUAACACUGUAACGACGCCCAUGUACCGGGCUCCUGAAAUGCUUGACACCUGGUCCAACAACCCGAUUGGUCCUAAAACAGACAUUUGGGCUCUGGGCUGCAUCCUUUACUUUCUAUGCUAUCGCAGGCAUCCCUUCGAAGACGGUGGAAAACUUCGCAUCAUUAACGCCAAUUACAUUCUUCCACCAGAUGCACGAUAUCAUUGCUUCCGCGACAUCAUUACAGGUUGUUUUAAAGUAAAUCCCGCGGAGCGCUUGGACAUUGCUAUGGUGCUGGAGAGGCUCGCAUCUAUCGCUGAAACAAACAAUUGGUCCCUUAAAGGACCUCUGAAUUUGAGGGGCAUACCCAUCGAGUCGUCUCCAGCCGAGAGUCCAGCUCGAAAGACCGCCGGACAGUCGGAAUUUUACCUUGAUGCCUUUACUGCCGCCCCCCAAAUAGCGCCUACCUCGACUUCCACGCCAUCCUCCAGCAAUGGACACGGUAGCCUACUGUCGUCUCUUCGUGGAGGUGCUGGAACACUGUUUAAGAACAUUAAGGAUACCUCCACCAAAGUAAUGCAAACAGUGCAACAAUCAAUUGCCCGUAACGAUCUUGACAUCAGUUAUAUUACCUCCCGGAUCCUGGUGAUGCCUUGCCCGUCCGACGGUUUUGAGUCCGCCUACAAGACCAACAACAUCGACGACGUCCGCCUGUCUUUAGAGGGUCGCUUUUCCCCACAGAAGAUAAGCAUUUACAACUUUGACCAGCGUUCAGUGCCCCGAUUACCACCACCCGUGCGUACAGUUGAGGCUGGCUAUGUAUUUGGAUGCCCGCAGGCUCACGCUCCCAAUCUACAGGGCCUUUUUACAGUGUCAGCGGAUAUGUACAACUUCCUCACUGCCGAUGCAAAAUCGGUUGUAAUCAUACAGACUGGAGAUUCGGGUGGGUGUACUGCAGCCACUGUUGUAAGCGCACUGCUGAUGUAUGCAGACCUGCUUCAAGAGCCAGAAGAUGCUGUUCAGGUGUUCGCUGUCAAGCGUCACACCAUUAAUAUGCGACCCUCCGAAUUCCGUUACCUGUAUUACUUUGGCGAUAUUUUGCGACCCACUCCGCUUCUGCCGCACUAUAAGAACACUAAUCUGGUAGCACUAAGCUGUCAGCCUGUUCCCAGGAUGACCAAGGCACGUGAUGGCUGUCGUAUAUACAUGGAGGUGUACUGCAAUGAGAAAAUGUUGCUCAGCACGUUGCAAGACUACGAAAACAUGCGCUUACACCAGGCUGGUCCGGGAAAAUUAGUGCUACCUAUUAAUCUGACUGUGUGCGGCGAUGUGACAAUAGUAUUAUACCACGCCCGUAAGGGUAUGGUGCGCCCGCAGGGUCUUAAAAUCUGUCAGUUCCAAAUAAACACAGGAUUCAUUCCCGAGCCGGAAACGUUGAUCACCUUCACCAGCAAUGAUCUUGACGACUUGCCAGAUCCGGAGCAGGUGACGUCGAACUUUUGCGUGUCCCUUUCGCUGGCCGUAACUGAUUCGGAAACUCCUCCCAGUCACAAGCCACCAUGGGUGCCACCCAAAUCCAAGAGAUCGCCAAGUAACCUUUUUAGCUCGGAUCUAGAAUUCGCCGAGAUGCUGGAUAACUUUGUAACGAAGCCCAGCAAUCAAGCAUCACCGUCUCCUCCUCCACUGAGGAAAUCUGAGCGCGCCAGUUCUCCGCUUGUUUUGCCCGAUGUCACAGAGACCUCCCAUGAUCCUCCGAUGGCUACACCUGAGCCCUCCCCACCCAUUGAUCUGCUCAACCUCAAUCAGCAGCCCAGCGAAGCACCAGCAGCGAACCCCCUAGGAAGCGCCAUGCCCAGUUCUGAUGCCAGCUUUGAUUUGUUGGGGGCCUUCGGCGAUGAUAACUCCACCGGUAUAGGCUCAGCACCAAUACCGGAUGUCCUUCCAGCAGCGCCGUUGCCGCCGCCGAAUCAGGCAAAAAUCAACGCAGACCUAUUUGACCUCUUUGGAUCGGCAGAUCACAGCGGAGCAACCAGCCUUAAGCCGACAGCGGGACCAACUCUUCCACCAUAUGGGGGAUCCCUGCCAAGUUUUGUAACCCAGCCAGUGACCAGAAAAGAGUCUUCACCAAAUCAACCACCAACGGCACCUUCCGAUCCUUUUGCUGACAUUGCGAAUCUGGCAUCCGGACUCAACAUAAAUUUCCCCCGCAACACGCUCAGUGGAAAGCCUCAAGCUGGCAGUAGCCCACAACCUACGCAAUACCCUAGUCCGACACACAAACCCUCUCAGUCCACAACCCCGCAGCAGCAACAAGCACACGGCACUUUUAUCAAAACCCCACCACAACCACCGCAGUCACAGACUGGCCAAGGCCGUCCAGAUUAUAGCAGAGUGCAUUUCGAUUCACCGAAGCCUGCACAGCAAGCGGGCUUUAGCGGAAACAAAAGCUCUGACAUAUUCGCUGACAUUCUAGGGCAACAAGGAUACUCUUUUGGCAGUAAAAUGAACCAAGGUCCGCGAUCUAUUAACGAAAUGCGUAAGGAGGAGUUAGUUAAGGACAUGGAUCCCAAGAAAGUGCUCAUUAUGGAAUGGACCGACGGCAAAAAGAACAAUAUCCGAGCGCUUCUCUGCUCUAUGCACACAGUGCUGUGGGAUAAUGCCAAGUGGCAGCGCUGUGAGAUGUCUACCAUGGUAACCCCAGCUGAGGUGAAGAAAGCAUAUCGUCGUGCCUGCCUGGCCGUCCAUCCAGAUAAGCAUAAUGGAACCAAAAACGAGGAGAUUGCCAAGCUCAUUUUCAUGGAACUGAACAAUGCCUGGACAGAUUUCGAAAACGAUGCCACGCAGCAAAACAUGUUCAAUGCGUAAAACGCCCUCUACUUCGAUAUAUAUAAUUAUCGUAAUUAGUUUUAAUUACCUAAUUACUCGUAGCUAAAACUAGCGUAAAAGUUAUUCAAAAGCCUAAGCUUUUUAAAGUCAAAGUAAUGGAUUAUGCCACUAAAGGAGUAUAAAUAUUCGACCCUUUGAAAUUCCGAAAAUCCUAAGGACAACAUACUUAAUUUUGUACCUUUAAAGCCUAUUCUAUUUUUAGCACAAAAUUGGAAGAGCAGAGAAAAGGCAAACCCCUCAGACAUUCACAAAUGUAUCACUAUGUACACGGGAAGUUCGACUCUCCUCUGUGCUGAUCGUGCAGUGUGACGUUUCGCAUAUAUCUCUCCUUCACUUAUAGCCAAUAUGUGAUUAAGCUAAAUGCCUACUAUUAACUGAAAUUAAAGUUAAAAGUAAUAUACAAAGUUUAUUAAUGCAACUGUUCCGACUAUACAGUGUAAAAAAUUUACUGUACAUAAUAGUAUACAAACAUCGGUUAUAUGAAAAACACGAAACUCCGUUAAAGUAUUACCGAUUAUCUAUAUGUAUAGAAAUAAAUUCUUUAUAUAUGCCGCUGUUAA